UCUUGAUCUUCAGCACACUCUCAAACAUCCCGCGCGACGUCCUGCUGCUACUGAGCUCGCGGCGCGUUUUCUCGCCGGUUUUGCGCAGACUAUGGCGCGGUUCGGUGUCGUUCUGCUGUUCCUGUGUGUUUCUGCUUGCGUUCUGACGGUUUUCUCUCAGCUUCACCCGAGAUCGAGAGCGGCGGCAGGUGCGCAGCGCGCGCGGACGCGAUGGACGAAUAACGGGCGCAUGCAUCACCUGGUGAGCCCCGGAUCUCAGUACGUGCCGCCGGUACGGAGAGAGGCGAACCGAGCAGCACCUGCGCCGGUGGCCGGGAUCACAGACCGGCAGAACACCAGCGCGAGCGCAAACUCUCAAGACGGGAUGGUGUCCGAUGACCCGUACGAUCCCUACAAACCCGUCAGGAGCAGUCCUCAAAAUCCAUAUUACAACUACUACGACUCGUACUACAGACCGAGAAGCACGCAGAGGCAUAACGGGUACGGAACCAGAUACUUCCAGAACGGUCUCCCCGAUCUGGUGGUGGAUCCCUACAUGAUCCAGGUGUCCACGUAUGUCCAGAGAGUGCCAAUGUACAACCUCAGAUGCGCUGCCGAGGAGAACUGUCUGGCCAGUUCGGCUGCAAAUGCUCGAGAUUACGACACCAGGGUCCUGCUGAGGUUCCCACAGCGCGUGAAGAAUCAAGGAACUGCAGACUUUCUGCCCAGCAGACCGAGAUACGCCUGGGAAUGGCACAGCUGUCACAAUCACUAUCACAGCAUGAAUGAGUUUUCUCAUUAUGACCUGCUGGACUCGAGCACGCAGCAGCGCGUCGCCGAGGGUCACAAAGCCAGUUUCUGUCUGGAGGACACGUCCUGCGACCCCGGAUACUACCGCCGCUACGCCUGCACGUCCCACACGCAGGGUUUGAGUCCCGGAUGUUACGACACCUACAGCGCGGACAUCGACUGUCAGUGGAUCGAUAUCACAGACGUCCAGCCGGGGCGCUACACUCUGAAGAUUACAGUGAACCCAGGCUUCCAGGUGUCAGAGUCAGACUUCAGCAAUAAUGUGGUUCGCUGUGACAUUCAUUACACCGGGAACUACGCGCACGUGUCCGGCUGCAGCAUGUCUGCACACUAGGAUGACAGAAACCAGGAGCAGCAAACAUCGCCACAGCCUGCUGAUUGAUCAUCACAGUGCAUAUGUGUUUACUGUGCAGGAACGAAGCCAAUAUCUGCAUCUCUCUGAAAAUAAUAAUGCAGAAUUAUGACAGGAACUGAUGCAUCUACCCAGCUAACAAAAAAGAUGUUCUGACAAUGUUUCUUUCCCAUGAAAAUGUUAUCUUGAAACGUUCAAAACAUCCAGUAUUACGAAAGUUUCUUCUUGAUUAUGUGAACGUUAGUGAAACAUUCCAUUCUAUCAUUUUGAAAAAUGUUACAUUUGAAUGUUUUUUCAACAUUUAAAUCAUGAAUUUUUAAAUAUGUAAAGAAUGUUUUUAAUUCAUUAUUCAAACGUUAGAAAAACAUUUCAUUCUAUCAUUCUGAAACCAUUAUGAAAACAUUCUAUUGUUGUUACUGAAGAAGUUCUGAGAAUGUGCAAUUAACAUCAUAAUGACGUUUUGAGAAUGUUGUUCUAAGAACAUUUUCUCAACAAUAAGAGAAUGUAUAUCAAUUAUUAAUAAUGUUAUAAGAACAUUACAUAAACAUUCCAUAAACGUAACUUUCAAAAAACGUUACAGGAGCAUUCUCUGUUAGCUGGGUUAUAGUUUCACAGCAAAGCCUUACAUCAUUGUGUUAUUUUGUCUUUAAUAGUGUAAAAUAAUGAUAAACCUCCAUUCGGUCAUAGUUGUAGUGUUUUUAUCUAGCUUGUUUUGAGUCAAACAUGUUUUCAACUUAAUAUCUCUGUUAAUCGUAAUGUUUCUACAAAUAGUUUGGUUUAGUUUUAAUGAUGUGUGCAAAAAAGCAAGAACGUUUAAUAAGAGGCUGAAAAUGUGAUUGUGGUUUUUCAGGUUUAUAUUUGAUAUUAUCAAUAUAUUUUAAGACAUAUUUAUAUUUUCAGCCUCUUAAAGGUGCUAUUGAUAUUAUAAGUCACUUUAGUUUAGGAGGCACGAACUUGAAUAAAUGCAGAUGAGAAUAUGUUUUCUUAAUUUUUAUGUGUGUGCUUAUUAAUUGAAGAGGAAUGUGAUUACAAGAGCCAUGUAAAUAUGAAAGUGUGUGUGUGUGUGUGUGUGUGUGUGUGUGUGUGGUUACUUCGUAAAGACAGAUGUAUAAGUGUUAUUUAGUACUUUGAUGAAGGGUUGUUGCUGAAACGUUGGUAAAAUUAAUUUGUAAAUGAGUGUGCCUGUCUUUACUUAGUCUUUUUCCCAACUCACACCUCCAUAAGGUGUGCGUUUGCUUUAAUGCUUUUUUUGUACCUUCUCACCCAUAUUUUGGAGACAAAUUUAGUGAAUUAAUCUGACAAAACCUUACAAAAUGUCCUC